GGAACAAAAAGCCCUCCAUUAUUUCCUCAUCUAUAAAUCUGAGUCAAGGACUCCAUUGAAACCAUCUUGAGUGUGGACUCUCUGUAUUUCUAGUGGUAUAAGAAACCAUUUCUUCGAGCUCUGUGUUGGAGAAAAGGGGUGUCUUUUUCUGGUGGAGUGAAGGAGAUCUCUAGACAUGGCAAGGGAUCAAUUACAAGUUCUUAACGCUCUUGAUGUGGCCAAAACGCAAUGGUACCAUUUCACAGCAAUUAUAAUUGCUGGGAUGGGAUUCUUCACAGAUGCAUAUGACCUGUUUUGCAUUUCUCUGGUGACCAAAUUGCUCGGUCGCAUUUACUACCACAAGGAGAGUGCUGCUACUCCUGGAAAGCUUCCUGACAAUGUAGCUUCGGCUGUUACUGGUGUUGCCUUAUGUGGUACCCUUACAGGCCAACUUUUCUUUGGCUGGCUUGGUGACAAGAUGGGACGGAAACGUGUUUAUGGCCUGACCCUUAUGCUUAUGGUCUUUUGCUCUAUUGCCUCUGGACUUUCCUUUGGAAAAGAUCCUAAAGCUGUUAUAUCAACACUCUGCUUCUUCCGAUUCUGGCUUGGUUUUGGCAUUGGUGGUGACUACCCUCUUUCUGCUACAAUCAUGUCCGAGUAUGCUAAUAAAAAGACUCGUGGUGCUUUUAUUGCUGCCGUGUUUGCCAUGCAAGGUUUUGGGAUUGUGUCAGGAGGGAUUGUUACUAUUUUAGUUUCUGCAGCUUUCAAGGCCAGGUACCGUGCACCAACUUAUGAGCAGGACGCUGAUGCAUCAACUGUGCCUGAAGCUGAUUAUGUUUGGAGAAUAAUUUUGAUGUUUGGUGCAAUCCCGGCUUUACUUACCUAUUACUGGCGUAUGAAGAUGCCAGAAACUGCCCGUUACACUGCCUUGGUUGCCAAGAAUGCAAAACAGGCUGCAGCAGAUAUGUCAAAAGUUCUUCAGGUUGAUUUAGAAGUAGAACAGGAGAAAGUUGAUCAGAAAACUGCUGCUGAUUAUGGCUUGUUCUCUUCACAAUUUCUCCACCGCCAUGGACUUCACUUGCUUGGCACCACAACUACAUGGUUCUUGUUGGACAUUGCCUUCUACAGCCAGAACCUGUUUCAGAAGGACAUUUUCACUGCAAUUGGUUGGAUCCCAAAGGCAAAAACUAUGAAUGCCCUUCAAGAGGUUUACAAAAUUGCUAGAGCACAAACUCUCAUUGCACUAUGCAGCACAGUUCCUGGGUAUUGGUUCACCGUGGCAUUGAUUGACAAGCUAGGAAGGUUCACAAUUCAACUGGUUGGCUUUUUCUUCAUGACUGUCUUCAUGUUUGCCUUGGCCAUCCCUUAUCAUCACUGGACUCUUCCAGACAACAGAAUUGGUUUCGUUGUUAUGUACUCCCUCACAUUUUUCUUCUCAAAUUUUGGUCCAAAUGCCACUACAUUUGUAGUGCCUGCCGAGAUUUUCCCAGCAAGGCUAAGAUCAACAUGCCAUGGAAUAUCAGCUGCAGCAGGGAAGGCUGGAGCUAUUGUUGGUUCAUUUGGCUUUUUAUAUGCUGCAGAUAACAUUGGAGUGAAGAAGACACUAAUAAUCCUGGGCGUUGUCAACCUCACUGGAUUGUUGUUCACAUUCUUGGUGCCUGAAUCUAAAGGAAAAUCCCUGGAAGAACUUUCAGGCGAAGCUGAGGAUCAGAAUGCAACUGAAACACAGUCAAGAACAGCUCCAGCCUAAUUAGUCUUCAACAGAUAAUAAAUCUACAUUUCCUACCCAUAUUAUGACUCUAUGAGCUCUUUAGUUUCACUGUCCCCCCUUAGAAAUAACAAUUUCAGAACGCUGCUUUCCCUCCUAGCUUUAAGCUCUUAUGUCUUUCACAUACCUUGAUUGCGUAAUGCUGCUUUUAAUUUUCUCAUAUGAACUGAAUAUUAAAGAAGUAAAAAUGUA